AUGUCGGCAAGGUCUGAAUUGGUUGUGAUUGGGGCUCCGUUGAAGCUCUGGAUUUCUCUGUCUUCUGUGUUCUUCUUUGCUCUGUGCAUGCAACUAGUUCUCUGCUGUGUUCACCAGCAGAGCACCAACCUGCUUUUCCCAACUGUUUCGAUGCGUUUGAGGCCAAAAAGGACUUGUUCUGGAGUAGGGUUCUGGGUAAAGAUAAAGAGAAAAAUGCCAGGGCCUCGGAAACAGUCACCAUUGGUUCUUCAAGAAAACCUCUGCAAAAAGUCCAAAAGCAGUGCAAACUCUAUUCAAUCCAAUAAAACCAUCAGAAAAGUUCGGAUAAUCUGUCAUGAUCCGGACGCUACCGAUUCUUCAGACGAUGAGCGAAUCAAAGAACCGCCGUGUCCGAAACGAAUUGUUCGAGAGGUUAAUCUUCCAACUGGUUUUUCUCAUGGACCAAUCAAACCAACCAAAGGUCCAGAAAUGGAGAGUUCGUGUCAAGAUAGCAACAAUGGCGAGAAAAACCCAGAAAAGAAGGUGGUUUUGGAGAAAAACCUAUUAUCGAAACGCGCUUCUUCCUCGAAAUACAGGGGGGUUAGGCAGAGGAAAUGGGGGAAAUGGGCUGCGGAGAUUCGCGACCCUAUUCAGAAAAAAAGGGUUUGGUUGGGGACAUAUGAUACUCCUGAAGAGGCCGCAAAGGCUUAUGAAGUGAAGAGGCGUGAAUUUGAGGCCAUGGCUAUUGCUUCUGAGAAGAGUUUCACUCACUCUUCCACUGCAGUGGUCUCUGAGUUUUGUAAUCAGAAAGAACCUGCUGUUUCUGAGGGCUCUGGAAGUGUGGUUUCUCACACAUCACCGAGUUCAGUUCUUGAUUUGGAGUCUCUGACUUCUGCUUCAAAUUCACGAAUCAAUGGCAUAUGUGAUGAUUUUGUUAAAGAUGUUUGUAUGGAGACCAACCUCGAUGACCUUUUUAUGGAGACUAAUAUUGAAGAUGUGUGUAUGGGGACCAAAGUUCCUGAGGAGAAAGUGGCUGAUGUGGGUUUGGUGGAUGAUGCUUCAAUGUUAGCUCAAGUUGGGGAAGGUUUGGAUUUGGGUUUGGAGCUUGGUUCUCUGUUCAUUGAUGAUUUUGGGCAGGCUCUUGAUGAUUUUUGCGGAUUUGAUGACCUACAAAUUUGUGGGUUUGAUGAUGAUAAGCCUAGUGAUCUGCCUGAUUUUGAUUUUGAUUUUGAUUUCGAUUUCGAGGUUGGGAAUGAAGUGUUGGCAUGGAUGGAUGAACCACCCCUGAUGAAAGAACCCCUCAAUAUUGCAUGCCCUUAA